AUGGGAGAUAUCCCAGCCGUGGGGCUCAGCUCCUGGAAGGCUUCUCCAGGGAAAGUGACUGAGGCAGUGAAAGUGGCCAUUGAUGCAGGGUACCAGCACUUCGACUGUGCUUACUUUUACCACAACGAGAGGGAGGUUGGAGCAGGGAUCCGUUGCAAGAUCAAGGAAGGCGCUGUAAGACGGGAGGAUCUGUUCAUUGCCACUAAGAUGUGGUGCACCUGCCACAAGAAGUCCUUGGUGAAAACAGCAUGCAGAAGGAGUCUCAAGGCCUUGAAGCUGAACUAUUUGGACCUCUACCUCAUACACUGGCCCAUGGGUUUCAAGCCUCCUCAUCCAGAAUGGAUCAUGAGCUGCAGUGAACUUUCCUUCUGCCUCUCACAUCCUGGAGUGCAAGACUUGCCUCUGGACGAGAGCAACAUGGUCAUUCCUGGUGACACGGACUUCCUGGACACGUGGGAGGCCAUGGAGGACCUGGUGAUCACCAGGCUGGUGAAGAACAUCGGGGUGUCAAACUUCAACCAUGAACAACUUGAGAGGCUUUUGAAUAAGCCUGGGUUGAGGUUCAAGCCACUAACCAACCAGAUUGAGUGCCACCCAUAUCUUACUCAGAAGAAUCUGAUCAGUUUUUGCCAAUCCAGAGAUGUGUCCGUGACUGCUUACCAUCCUCUUGGUGGCUCGUGUGAGGGGGUUGACCUGAUAGACGACCCUGUGAUCCAGAGGAUUGCAAAGGAGCACGGCAAGUCUCCCGCUCAGAUUUUGAUCCGAUUCCAAAUCCAGAGGAACGUGAUAGUGAUCCCCGGAUCUAUCACCCCAAGUCACAUUAAAGAGAAUAUCCAGGUGUUUGAUUUUGAAUUAACACAGCACGAUAUGGAUAACAUCCUCAGCCUAGACAGGAAUCUCCGACUGGCCACGUUCCCCAUAACUAAAAAUCACAAAGACUAUCCUUUCCACAUAGAAUACUGAGGACAGCUUCCCCUUCCUUGUUUCUGCUCAGCCCAGAUACAGAGACACCAUUGGUGAUGCUGACCCUCCUCUGUCAUCACAGCGCCAGGCAGCUGUGCCUGGGACAGGAGCCACACAGUCAGAGGGGAGUGCAAGAGCCUCCUUCUCUGACAAAUCUGGAGAAUUGAGUGCGUUCUAAGUGAAGGCAAUGGGGUUUCUCCAAGACAGCCUGUGUGGCCUCUACUCUGAACAAACACACUGAUGAUUCAUCAAUGAAAUUUGCCUUCACAUUUUAAGAAAACUUUAUCUUACGGAGUUAUUUAAGCCAUCUACAGAGCUGAGGAAACAGUGUAAUGUGUCUCUGCCCCAUUGCCCAGCUCCACCAAUUGUUCCCCAGGCCAGCCCACCUCACCUUCACUUCCUUCUCUGCCCUGCCAAUGAC